UUCAAUUCCCACUAUAUAUACAUAUACAUAUAUAAAAAAACACACACACACAUUGCAUAUCAAAUUCCAUAUACAUAUAUAAAAAAAACACACACACACAUUGCAAAAAAAAUCCAAUGGCUGAGAUCAACAACCCUAGAUUCCCGGACAUCCGCCGGUGCGAAUCCGACCACCGCAAAGGCCACACCGUGGUGGCCGACAUGGACGGCACGUUGCUGAUCGGGCGGAGCUCGUUCCCCUACUUCGCGGUGGCCGCAUUCGAGCUCGGCGGCGUGUUGAGGCUGCUGCUGCUGGUCCUAGCCUCCCCUCUCGCCGGACUGCUCUACUACUGCAUCUCGGAAUCCGCCGGCAUCCGCGUGCUGAUCUUCGCGGCGUUGGCCGGGGCUAGGGUUUCGGACGUGGAGUGCGUGGCGCGUGCGGUCCUGCCCAAAUUCUACUCCGGGGACGUCCACCCGGAGGCGUGGCGCGUGUUCUCCGCCUGCGGGCGGAGGUGCGUGCUCACGGCGAACCCGAGGGUGAUGGUGGAGCCGUUUCUCAAGGAGUAUUUGGGGGCGGAUUUGGUGAUUGGGACUGAGAUUUGUGCAAUGGGAGGUAGAGCAACUGGGCUUGUUUCGAGCCCUGGGAUUCUUGUUGGGAUCAAUAAAGCUCGAGCACUUGAAAAAGUGUUUGCUGAGGCGCAGCCGGAAAUUGGGAUUGGAGAUAGGAAGACAGAUUUUGAUUUCAUGAGGCUCUGCAAGGAAAGCUACUUGGUUUCGAGGAGCCACGAGCCGGUUCAACCGGUUAGCCCAGACAAGUUGUUAAAGCCGGUUGUGUUCCACGACGGCCGUCUCGUUCAAAAGCCAAGCCCCGUAAUGGCGCUAUUGAUCAUUUUGUGGUUUCCGAUUGGCUUCAUCCUCGCGGUUCUACGCAUAGCCGCCGGCUCUCUCCUCCCGAUGCCGGUGGUAUACUAUGCUUUUUGGGCACUGGGAGUUAGGGUGGCCGUUAAGGGCACCCCACCUCCACGUGCCCAAAAAUCAUUAGGUCAAACAGGGGUGCUCUUCAUAUGCUCCCAUAGGACUCUACUUGACCCCAUUUUCCUCUCUACAGCCCUCGGCCGCCCCAUCCCGGCCGUCACCUACUCACUCUCCCGCUUAUCGGAGAUCAUAUCUCCGAUUAAAACGGUCCGGUUGAAUCGGGAUCGGGUCAAGGAUGCCGGCAUGAUCAAGAAACUUCUACAAGAAGGCGACCUAGCCAUUUGCCCCGAGGGGACGACGUGCAGAGAGGCGUUCCUGCUUAGAUUUUCUGCCCUUUUCGCGGAGCUGACCGACGAUCUGGUGCCGGUGGCGAUGGCGAACCGGAUGAGCAUGUUUCAUGGGACGACGGCGCGUGGGUGGAAGGGGAUGGACCCGUUUUACUUCUUCAUGAACCCGAGCCCGGCUUAUGAGGUCACGUUUUUGAAUAAGUUGCCUUACGACCUAACAUGUGGAGCGGGGAAAUCUAGCCAUGACGUGGCGAAUUAUAUACAGAGAGCGAUUGCGGCGACUUUGUCGUACGAGUGCACUAGUUUUACUAGGAAGGAUAAGUAUAGAGCAUUGGCCGGAAAUGAUGGGAAUGUUGGAGACAAGCCUAGGAUCACACCUCAUAAACUUAUGGGCAGCUGAGCUGCAAACUGGAAUAAUAAUAAUAAUUAAAAAUAUUAAUUAUAAUGAAAAAAUAGUAAUCAUCAUUCAUAU